AAAGGACCGCUGUACAUUGAAUUAAUCGAAACAUGAUUUUCUUAAUAUAAUGACAAUACAGUGUCUCUGUGUGUAGUUUAUUAGUCAGAGUAGUGUAAAGAAAUCAAACAAGGAAGACUAUCAAGUGUAUUUACGCUGCGGUGUUGCAUAUAUGUGUGUUGUGUAUGGAAAGCUUUGAGUGAAAUACAUAUAACUUAUUUGGUAAUGUAUCUUGUUAUAUUCUCUCCACUACAUUAAGACGAUUAAAAAUCAACAUAUGCAUCGAUGUAGCAGCAUCGUCAGCAGCAUAUCAGUAAUCUACCCAAGAAAAUUCAAGUAUCAAUUAAAUUUUGAGAAUUGAAUUAUAUACUCAAACAAUAUUUGUACACGCUCUAUAAUGAUGCGGGUUGACUCUUUUAGAGAGUAGCAUAUAUCGAAAAAAUAUCAGUGAUGUUGAAAAAAUUGAUUGGAUUAUAGAUUAUGUUAAUUGUGGUGAGUCUUGAUUAGAUUUUCCAAUGUUACAACAACCUCCUUCUUUAAUGGGGAUGGUAGCUGCAUCACUCCGUUUACCAGAUUCUCAGGAAUUUAAUGUUGAUGUACGUCGACGUGCUGCUACUACUACUACUACUACUACUACUACUACUACUACUACGGCCGGCCAUCAACUACCUGGGAGUAGUAGUAUUCUUACACAUGUGAAGAAUGAAUUUGGAGAUUACUUUUUCAACAACACACUACUAACUGAAUCAAGUGACAGUGGUGGUGGUAGUGAUGGUGUAUUGAAUUUAAGAUCUGCAAUGGAAGCAUAUUCUACCAGAAAAUUUAUCAAUGCAAGUAGUGACAGUUUCAAUCUCUCUGACCUCUCUAUAGAACAAGUACUGCCAGAUCGCUUGAUGUACAGACACAGUGUAGCCAUGUCAGCUGUUUAUUGUGUGGCUUAUAUUAUAGUAUUUGUCGUUGGACUAAUUGGAAAUAGUUUUGUCAUUGCUGUGGUUUAUCGAUCACCUCGAAUGAGAACUGUUACCAAUUUUUUUAUUGUUAAUCUUGCUGUGGCUGAUGUCUUGGUCAUCAUCUUCUGUCUCCCGGCUACACUUAUGAGUAACAUCUUUGUGCCUUGGGUCCUUGGAUGGUUUAUGUGCAAAACUGUUCCUUACAUACAGGGCGUAUCUGUAGCGGCUUCUGUGUACAGUCUUGUGGCAGUAUCUUUAGACAGAUUCCUCGCUAUUUGGUGGCCAUUGAAAUGUCAAAUUACCAAGAGGCGAGCUCGAUUGAUGAUUGUAGUAAUAUGGUUCAUUGCGCUAACAACGACUUUGCCUUGGCUCUUAUUCUUCGAUCUAGUGGCAAUAUACGGUGACCAGCAUCCAGAUUUGAGAUUGUGCAUUGAGAUGUGGCCUCGUCCACAAGAUGGAUCUCUGUUCUUCCUGGUUGGUAACUUGAUGCUCUGUUACGUACUGCCCAUGCUAUUGAUAUCAAUUUGUUACAUUCUGAUAUGGAUAAGGGUCUGGAAAAGACACAUUCCUUCAGAUACGAAAGAUGCACAGAUGGAAAGAAUGCAGCAAAAAUCCAGGGUGAAAGUUGUUAAAAUGUUAGUUGUGGUAGUGAUACUAUUUUUACUCUCCUGGUUGCCACUUUACGUUAUCUUUACUAGAAUUAAAUUAGGUGGCGACAUUGCUGAAUGGGAGGAUGAAAUUUUACCGAUUGCAACGCCUAUCGCUCAGUGGUUGGGAUCAAGCAACUCUUGUAUUAAUCCUAUAUUGUACGCAUUUUUCAACAAGAAGUACCGACGUGGAUUCAUGGCAAUAUUAAAAAGUGGUAGAUGCUGUGGUAAAUUGAGAUACUAUGAGACGGUAGCCAUAAUGUCAUCUUCUACGAGCAUGAGGAAGUCAUCUUAUUAUGUUAACAACAACAACAACAACAACAACAACAAUAAUAACAAUAACAAUAACAAUAAUAAUGGCUCUACUAGACGCAACUUUCACCACCAUGGACCUCCCGUUCAUCAAGAUAGUAACGUUUCGUAUAUUUUUAAUCACAGUGGAGUUUAAAUUAACCACUGAGGCAAGUACCGCACGCACAUAACUUGAUACAUUGCAUUUGAUGCUCGAGGUAAAAUGCCUCAAAAAUCAGCCGUGAUUGGCUGCUCAAAUGCGCGGGGUUUUCGCACAGAGAUAGCCGGCGCGAGUCUUUAAGGAUCAGCAAUGAUUAAUCGAUUGAUGCUCGUGCCGGAAAAAGGUGUUAAAGCGAUAACGUGCUCUACCGUACACUUAUCCAAGUUUUUGAUUUAAAGCAUCACAUGAACAUGCAAAGACCAUUCUCUGAAGAAAUUGUGUACAUUACAGAAAAACAAUAUCAAUAGGUAUUAAAUACCAAUGCAAACAAACACACAUUCACUCGCACAAAAUCGAAUGCUUUCUAAAUAUUGUUGAAAAAGUAAAGAAAAAGCUCAACACCAUUGAACACGUUACGAAUAUACGAAUACACAGAACGUCUAAAGUAUGUAUCUGAGUUUGCAGAUUAUGCAUUAACUACCAUGAAAUCGCCCUGUUACGUUUCAGGAUACAGUGAUAAGUUUACGCACUCUUUCAGUUCUUUGGUUUAAUUAUAAAUACAUAUUUAAAUUGCGCGCAUUAAAGUUUCUAAGGAUAUCAUUAUUUGGCUAUGAAAGAACUCAUUUGUCGAAAGCACUCUCCUCAAAUUGAGUGUAAAACGAUGUGUUAUAUUGCAGAGCGUUGAAUUAUGCAGACAGAAAAGACACAAAAUAUUGAAACAUAGUAGCAUGAUUUUUACUUAGGAAUAUUUUGCUUGCUCUAUUCAAAUUUGGAUAUAUACAAUAUAAUUGGCAGUUGCUACGGGCAUUUACAUAUAAAGUACACGGAAAAUUAAUGCAUAUUAAAAUCCACCUUUUUUUCUUCUGUUAUUGGCAUCUUUUUUAAAGAAAAUUAUUACAGUCGAGUCAAAUAUGAAAUAGUGUUUUCAAAAUCGUCAAGGACAGACAUACGCUUUCUGUAUUGUACAAUAAUAUUUUAUUUUACUUAUUAAUGAGAAGCUGAUGGCAAAAGUCGAUUGUAAAAAAAAUUUCGGAGGAAUAGUUGACUAAGGCAUUUUUGGACAGAAACUAGUUAAAAAUAAAAAAGAAAACCGAGAAUUAUAUUGUGUAUUGUAAUUUAAUGGUAUAAUGUAACGAUGUGAUACAACACAUCUUUAGUUCUAUUGUAUUAAUAUAUUAUGAUACAGGAGGCAACUUUCGUUUUUCUUGUUUCUAUAUAACUUAUUUUUGCUCCCGACGAUUUUAUAACCAUCUUUUACCAUCAGCCACUAUAAUAUAAACUCAACGACCAUGUUUACUAUUCGAAGGCAUGCAUUUUGUUAUACAUUUUUACUUAGUCUCUGCUCUUUCAGUUUACCUAUCAUUAAGGCAGCUGUGCUCAAAUAUUUGAACCCGUAGCGAAUAAUUAUAAAUUUCAAAUAAUAACUGUAUUAGGAUGACCCAAAAAUGUACAUUUUAGAAUUUUCAAACGGCAAAUUCUCCAAAGCGCUUUCUCGCGAAAAAGUAAGUACAUAUUUUUUUAUUUUAAAAAAUGUUUAUUAUCGAUAAUCAAACAAAGAGUUUAACACCUAAAACGUAUACUUUUUUUAAUUCUAUUUUGUUGAAGAAAUCAUAAGUCACAUUAACAAAGUUAUAAAAACAUUUUGAUACAUCUCGGAAGUUGCAUAAAACUCCAAUAUUUUUAGACAUGUUUGGAGCGUCAGACAUGAUCGUUUAAAUUGAAAUUUUCAAGAAGGAUGUUUGAGAUUAUUGAGAAUAGGUUUAUAAAAAAGAUGUUGAUUAUUUUUUAAUUUAUAUUGCAGUUUUCAAACAAUUAAAAGAAUGAAGAUUUUUCCGUAACAGCAGCGUUACUUUAAUUCAUGGCAAUUACAUUGAAUUUAAAGUGGCUGAUUAUUUACGGGCUUACGAUUUUCAGAUGCAAAUUCAUAAAGCUCCCUGUCCAAUCCUGUAGCCCAGCGCGUUUUUCAGAUUCUUGUCGCACUUUCUCGAAAGCCCAACAAUUUUUUCACGCUACCGGAUCCCUAGGUGAGUAAUUGACUCCCCUGAGUUAAAUGGCAAAGUAAUAACACUAAAACUGUCGCCUGGGUCAAACCUCAGCACUCUCUACAGAGUUUUCUACCACUAUUCUAAAGAAUACAAAGUACUCGCUUACCGACAAAAGAUUAUGAUUUUCUUUUUAAGAAAAAAAAAUUUAUUUGCUUCCGUGAGAGAACGAUGCAGUGAACACGCUGAUCUAAAAUUCAAAAUAUACAUUUCUGGGCCACCCUAAUCACUAUCUGUAAGAAAAAAUUCAAGGAAAUUCUAUAGAUUAAGAUAUCAACUGCCUGCAUAAAUCUUGUCUCUUUUUGUGUGGUAUUCCGUGCAAUUAUUGUACUUUGUUUUAGUUAAGUUUUAAGAAUUUAAUAAAUUUUCCUUGACCAUAGAACGCGUUUCUUGUGUACCCCUCUCCAAAUGCUCCUCUAUCCCCAGUUAAUCAUUCUACGCCUUAUCAAGCUCGAGAAACGUUCCUCUAACCCGAAAUAAUCACUUUCUACUGCAAGAUUGUUACGCAUUCAAAUUUUUCAGUUCGUUCUCAUGAAAAGUGGUGCGAGAAAUAAAUGGUGUAAAUAACGAAAUACAGUGCUGUAUCAAAAAAUAAACCAGAUUUUUAUUAUUGACAGGCUUCUAGUAGCACUAUACAGUCUGACUAGGGUGACACAUAUCUUAUCCAUACACACUAACUAUGCAGAAGAAAAGAAAUAUAGUUUCUUUCAAUCAUAUAUUGGUUGGACAAACUUUUUCUUUUUACAGCAAAAUAUUGGGAUCGUGGAGCGAUAGGUUCACAUAAAAUUGCUCUUCAUCCGUUUUACUACAAUUUUCAAAUUUGUUAAUUAUUUUUUUAAUUUUAAGUAUUCAUUGAUUCAAUGAGAAUACUGUGGAAUAUGUGUUGAAUAUCUUCGCAGU